UACAUCAGAGUGUCCCAUGACUCUAAGCCAGACAAUCUGCUCCAACUGAUGGUGAAAGACUGGCAGCUGGAACUCCCCAACCUGCUCAUCUCCAUCCAUGGAGGGCUGCAGAACUUUGACCUGCAGCCCAAACUCAAACAGGUGUUAGGGAAGGGACUCAUCAAGGCUGCAGUAACCACCGGAGCAUGGAUCUUCACUGGGGGAGUCAGCACUGGUGUGAUCCGUCACGUGGGGGACGCCCUGAAGGACCACUCCUCUAAGUCCAGAGGGAAGGUAUGUGCCAUCGGCAUCGCUCCCUGGGGCAUCAUAGAGAACAAGGAGGACCUCAUCGGUAGGGAUGUAACACGGCCUUACCAGACCAUGUCCAACCCGCUGUCCAAGCUGUCUGUCCUGAACAACAGCCACUCCCACUUCAUCCUGGCGGACAACGGCACCACAGGGAAGUACGGAGCGGAGGUGAAGCUACGUCGCCAGCUGGAAAAACACAUCUCACUGCAGAAGAUCAACACACGCCUGGGCCAAGGGGUCCCGUUGGUGUGUCUGAUCGUAGAGGGAGGUCCUAAUGUCAUCUCCAUCACCCUGGAGAGUCUGAAGGAGGAACCUCCCGUCCCCGUGGUGGUCUGUGAUGGCAGCGGGAGGGCGUCGGACAUCAUGUCCUUCGCUCACAAAUACUGCGAGGAGGGAGGUCUGAUAACUGACGACGUGAGGGACCAGCUGCUGGUGACCAUACAGAAGACCUUCAACUAUAGUAAGAGCCAAUCACAGCAGAUCCUGCUCAUGGUCAUGGAGUGCAUGAAGAAGAAGGAGCUGAUAACAGUGUUUCGAAUGGGGUCUGAAGGACAGCAAGAUAUAGAAAUGGCCAUUCUGACUGCUUUAUUAAAAGGAACCAAUGCCUCUGCCCCGGACCAGCUGAGUCUGGCGCUGGCCUGGAACAGAGUGGACAUAGCACGCAACCAGAUCUUUGUCUACGGUCACCAUCUACCACCUGCCAGUGCCCUAGCUAACAGCAGUGGUACCGUAGCCACUACCACAGAGAGGCCGAAGAGUCCGGCCGCUGCCCCAAGGAACAAGGCCAAGGCCCGGGGGAAAAAGGGGAAGGGAGGGAAGGCCAAGCCUGAACCACCAGAGGAGACUGACCCUAGGAAGAUAGAAUUAAUGAGAUGGGUGAACUCUCUGGAGCAGGCCAUGAUGGAUGCCUUGGUGCUGGAUAGGGUGGACUUUGUCAAGCUGCUGAUAGAGAAUGGCGUCAACAUCCACCAUUUCCUCACCAUUCCUCGCCUGGAGGAGCUGUACAACACGAGACUGGGUCCUGCUAACACGUUGCAUGUUGUGGUGAGAGACGUCAAGAAGGGCAACCUCCCACCAGACUACCAGAUCACUCUGAUUGACAUUGGUCUGGUGAUGGAGUACCUGAUGGGUGGGGCUUACCGCUGUAACUACACCAGGAAGAACUUCAGGGCGCUUUACAACAACCUUUACGGGCUGAAGAGGCCAAAAGCCUUGAAGAUGCUGGGGCUGGAGGACGACGAGCCGAGGGGAAAGAAUAAGAAAGGGAAGAAGAAGAAAGAGGAGGAGGUAGAGAUAGAUGUGGACGACCCUGAGGUCUGUCGCUUCACCUACCCCUUCCACGAGCUGAUGGUGUGGGCCGUUCUCAUGAAGCGCCAGAAGAUGGCGCUGUUUCUGUGGCAACGUGGGGAGGAGGCCAUGGCCAAGGCUCUGGUGGCCUGUAAGCUAUACACAGCCAUGGCUAAAGAGUCAUCUGAACUGGUGGACGAUAUCGCCCAGGACCUGGACAACAACUCCAAGGAGUUUGGCCAGCUGGCCUACGAGCUCCUGGACCAGUCCUAUAAGCACGAUGAACAGGUGGCCAUGAAGCUGCUGACCUAUGAGCUGACCAACUGGAGCAACUCUACCUGUCUGAAACUGGCCGUGGCCGCCAAGCACAGAGACUUCAUCGCCCACACCUGCAGUCAGAUGCUGCUGACCGACAUGUGGAUGGGAAAUCUGAGAAUGGGGAAGAACCCCGGGCUUAAGGUGAUUCUGGGCAUCAUAUUCCCUCCAUCAAUUCUGCUGCUGGUGGACUUCAAAGGAGAAGACCAGUCCUACACAGCUAACUCUGACGAAGGGAAAGACAAGGACGAUGACGCCGGCAAG